CUUCCCUACCCUUCACCUGCUCUCUCUCACCAACUAUCAGUCUAUCUAUUUGUUACCAGACUGGGUGAAUCUCACCCUUCUUCUCACGUCCCCAUUAGUCCCUUGCUCCUAGGUUUGGGGCAGGUCCCAGUCCAAAAUAGGGGCAGUGACUACAAGUACUAAAUUACAGGAAGCCUAUGGAUUUUUGGGGAUUAUUUAUUUUCAAAUAAGAGGAUUCUAAAAACGAGAAGAAAUAUGAUUUUUCCCCCCUUACUUGGAUUACUAUUUAUUUUCAAUUUUCAUGCCAAGAUACUGCACCUGCUCUACUGCUGAAUUUCAAUCUGCUCGUCACCUGGAUUCCUGCCAUUCAAAGACGGAGAGCAUCGAUAUGGCACUAUAGACAAACUACUCCAGCAAUGGUUGGGAGUCCAGUGGUGACCUUCCCAGCUCUGGGCUAGUGCCCUACAGAGCACUAGGGGUCAGAACACAUACACACACACACACACACACACACACACACACACACACACACACACACACACACUUCCCUCACACACACUCUUCCACACACACAAACACACUCUUCCCUCACUUCCAACCCUCCACUCCUCAUCUGUGUUGUCUGACUCUAGAUAGAAGCCCUGUGGGACAAUGGCAGCUCACAGAAACUCUAGUUUCCUCCUCAACCUCUCCCACCACCCACGAUGGACACAAGAUCCCUCAAUGAGGGAGAGGAGACAAAGAAGGACAGAGGAUACAGAUACAAUGAACAGUACGACCCCCACAUCUUCAUCUGCAGUGCUACGCUCCAGAAGCUGGUGGGGCAACUGGCUUAUGUUGCCCCUGCUGAUGGCCACCUAUCUACCCUGUGAGGCCUGGGGCGCCACUUUCACUGUGGCCAUAGUUGGGCCCUGGACAUGUGACCCUAUGUACUCCAAAGCCCUCCCUGACCUGGCCGCCCGCCUGGCCACCGCCCGCCUCAACAAGGACCCCUACACUAAGAAAGGCUACUGGUAUGACUAUACUCUGGUCAACGAGGACUGUAAAACAUCCCGUGCUCUGGCCCGCUUCACCUCUCUGGAAGGCUAUGGCUCGGCUUUCCUCGGCCCUACUAACCCAGGCUACUGCUCAUCGGCCGCCCUGUUUGCGAAAAACUGGAAUAAGCCCCUUCUUUCCUGGGGCUGCCUGAAACCCAACAUGGAGGAUGGACAGUAUCCCACCUUUCAUCGGCCCUUGCCUCUGUCCUCCCGGGUUCUGUUUUCUAUGCUGCGGUACUUUCGCUGGGCCCAUGUGACCAUCGUGACAUCAGAGGAUGACCUGUGGGAAGCUACGGGACACGAGCUGGCGGCCUCUCUGAGGGCCCUGGGCCUGCCGGUCAGCACUGUGGUCACCAUGGAGCCUGAUAAGGAUGGUCCCACAAAAGCCUUGAAAAGGAUACAGGAGUUAGACCGUGUCAGAGUGGUCAUCAUGUGCAUGCACUCAGCUUUGAUCGGUGGUGUGGCCCAGUAUCAGCUCUUAACCUCUGCCUUGAACAUACGUAUGAUAGACCGUGGCUACGUUUUCAUCCCCUACGACACCCUCACAUACUCACUGCCCAAGGGCACAAACCUUCAUGCCCUGACCAAUGACAGCUUGUUGAGAAAGGCCUACGAUGCAGUUCUCACAAUCACCAUGGAUUCUGGCGAGAAUACUUUCUAUCAGAGCUUCAAAAAUGCUCAGGAGAAAUUUGAGAUCCGCACCAGCACUCCACCAGAUCAGGUGUCUCCAUUUUUCGGCACCAUCUACAACAUGAUAUACUACAUGGCCUAUGCAGUGGAGAAGAGUCGCAUGGCAGCGGGGCGCUGGGUGGAUGGGGAAACCAUGCUCGAGAGCGAUGGAGGGGUCAAAUUUGAGGGCUUCAACCAGCACAUCUCAUCCGACAAAGAUGGGUUGGGGAUGCUGGCUCGCUACGUGGUCCUGGACUCUGACGGGGGAGAUAAACUCUACAUGACACACACUCUGGAGGCCCCCCACACCCUUGGCAAAUUUGGGGCGGUCAAGUACAAUGGGCGCUCCAUCCACUUUGCAGGCAGUAGCCCCAGCACAGACUCCCGUUGCUGGUUCAGUCCAUACAUCACCUGUGGUGGGGGAAUGGACGCAGGUACUAUCCUCUUUCUGUUUGUCCUGUUCUGUGGGUUGGUUGGAGGUGGAGUUGCCUUCUAUAUGAAGAGAGAUGGCCGGAUUGGAAUCAGCUUUGGAGGAUCAGGGGGAGGAGGAGGGUCCUUAAAAGUAGUCUUGAAUCUGGAUGACCUGAUUUUCAUCAAUACCCAGAACAGCAUAAGGAAGCUGAAUGAGGAUAGUAUGAUGAAGAGUCAGCUGGACGUGAAAACGCCUCGCCACUCCGUGUCGGGACGCAGCUACUUUUGCUCCACCCCUGACAGCUCCAACGUCGCCGUCUUCGAGGGUGACUGGGUUUGGUUGAAGAGAUGUCCCAAUGGAAACACUGUGUCAAGUGUCAGUGAUAGCACUACAAAUAUUUUCACCAAGCUCAGGGACAUGCGGCAUGAGAACCUCAACCUGUUGCUUGGCCUGUUCCUCGACUCAGGGAUCUUUGGUAUUGUGACAGAGCACUGUAGCAGGGGCAGCUUGGAGGACCUUCUCAACAAUGAGGAAAUGCGUCUCGACUGGAUGUUCAAGUCCUCCCUGUUGAUGGAUCUGAUCAGGGGAAUGAAGUACCUGCACAACCGGCAUGUCAUCCACGGGCGCCUGAAGUCCCGAAACUGUGUGGUGGACGGACGCUUUGUGCUGAAGGUGACUGAGUACGGCUUCAACGAGAUCUUAUCCACCCAGAGCAUCAACUUUGACGAAGGCAGGCCUGAGGAUCAACUGUGGACGGCUCCAGAGCUGCUAAGGAACUCCAAGCUAAUGAAGAGAGGAACAUUCCAUGGGGACGUCUACAGCUUCGCCAUCGUUAUGCAGGAGGUCAUCGCCCGCUCUGCUCCCUUCUGCAUGCUGGACAUGCCUCCCAAGGAGAUCCUCAGUAAGUUGAAAUCCCCCCCACCACUGUGUCGGCCCACUGUGUCAGCGGAUGAGGCUCCACUAGAGGUGAUCCAGGUCAUGAAACAGGCCUGGAGUGAGAAGCCAGACAUGAGACCCACCUUCGAGGAGAUCUUCAAACAGUUCAAGAGUAUAACCAAGGGGAAGAAGACCAACAUCAUAGACUCAAUGCUGCGUAUGUUGGAGCAGUACUCCACCAACCUUGAGGACCUGAUCAGGGAGAGGACAGAGGAGCUGGAGGUGGAGAGGAAGAAGACUGACCAGCUGCUGGCCCAGAUGUUGCCCAGGUCUGUGUGCCUGGCCCUUAAGACAGGCAAGCCUGUGAAACCAGAGCACUUCUCUGAGGUCACUCUGUACUUCAGUGACAUUGUGGGCUUCACCACCAUCUCUGCACUCAGCGAGCCCAUUGAGGUGGUAGACUUACUCAAUGAUCUCUACACACUCUUUGAUGCCAUCAUCGGGCAGCAUGAUGUCUACAAGGUGGAGACCAUCGGAGAUGCCUACAUGGUAGCCUCUGGAGUUCCAAACCGGAACGGUAGACGCCACGCAGCUGAGAUGUCCAACAUGUCCCUGGACAUCCUCCACUGUAUUGGAACCUUCAAGAUGAGGCACAUGCCUGACGUCAAGGUCAAGAUUCGUAUCGGCCUUCACUCUGGCCCUGUGGUGGCAGGAGUGGUGGGUCUGACGAUGCCUCGGUACUGUCUGUUCGGAGACACUGUCAACACGGCUUCUCGAAUGGAGUCCACUGGGUUGCCUUACAGAAUCCAUGUCAACCAAAGCACAGUCGAUAUCCUACAUGAACUGAAAAUGGGCUACAAAAUAGACACCAGGGGCAUGACAGAGCUGAAGGGGAAGGGUGUUGAAAACACAUUCUGGUUGGUUGGAAGAGCUGGGUUCGACAAGGUUCUCCCCAGACCGCCUGAUCUUACUCCAGGGGCGAGCAACCAUGGCAUCAGUUUGGAAGAGAUUCCUCCAGAUAGAAAACAGAAAUUCCUUGACCGGCAGGCGAGGAAUAAGUAGCCUGUAAGAUUGUGUUGCCCAGUCCUCCACCUACCUGUUGGAGUGAAAGACCAGAUAGGUGAAUUGACCAGGUUGGUUGAGAGGAGAGGAUGGGUUAGGGGUGUGUCUGACAGACAGUCUGUCGCAUCACCCCAUGUGUCCUGUCGAGUGCUGAUCCACAUUGCACAAAUAAGCCAAAGUCGGAGAGACACUGUCUGUCUUUAACACAUUACAUUUGUUGCACAGAGCAAUUAGUUAAAAUAAGAGUAUAUUAAAAAUAGAGCAAAUGUGGGAAAUAGGAGGGAUAAAUAAAGGUGUAUUACAAUCAUGUACAAAAUACCAAAUAUAUUGAUUUAGGAGUCACUGUAGAAUGAAAACAUCACAGCACAAACAUGGGAAGAGAUUGGCUCUUUGCUUGAAAUAAACUAUAAAUGACCAUGAUAUUGUGUGUAAUAUACUGUAUGUAUCUCUACUGUCUCUUUUGCUUUGUAGAAAUAUUGGACAGAGUAUGAAAAUGUAUUCAUACUCAACUAUAUGACAAGGGUAUAUUAAAAUGUAGCACGUACUGUAGUGUAUCUCACCUGCUCUAUUUAAAUUUGGUACUGUAAUCUCUCUCAAUGAUACAUUCAUCUUAGAAGUAAUCUAUUUCCUUAAAGGUAUAAGGUAGGCUGUUGAAGAAUCUGGUCCAAGGCAUUCUGUUUUUUUUUUUUUCCUUAUUGUCGUGCUUCAAUAAUUAACGCCUUCUUAUUGUUUGAAUGAUAAUUGAGAAAUAUCAACCCAUUAGAAAAUAUUCAUUCAUAUUUUUUCAAACAUUUGCCAGUUGGAACAUUAAUUUAAUCAUUUUCUAAUCAAAUAAAUAUAUUGCAAAAUCACUGUUCCCAAAAUGAAGCUUCACUUCAACAGAUUAUUAAUACAUUUACAGUGAGGGAAAAAAGUAUUUGGUCCCCUGCUGAUUUUGUACGUUUGCCCACUGAC